GGGGGCAGCGCGGGAGGGGGCGGGGGGGCGGGCGGGGGCGGGGGCGGGGAGGGCGGGGGGGGGGGGGGCGGUCGGGGAAACUUGGGGGGGGGGCGGGGGCUGGGCGCAGGGGGAGGGAGGGGGAAAAAAGAGGAGAAAAAAAGAAGUAGGUGAGGGGAGAAAAAGAGGAGGAGGAGGAAAGAGAAGAAAAGAGAAGAAGGAGAAGAAGAAGAAGACGAAGAAGAAGGAGAGGAGAAGUAG